AUGUUAUUCGAGCUUAUCUGUGACAUCAUCAGCAGCACAGCAACAACGAUUGCCAAAUGCAAUCGUACAAUAAUCAAUCUUACAAAAUGCAAUCGUACAAUAAUCAAUCACAAUGUUUUAUCCUAUAAACCCCAAAUCUAUCCAUUAGAACACUUUUCGCUCUUCCCUCGGGAGUGUCGAGAACAAGCUCGAAAUUCCACUAGAAAUAAUCUUUGUACCGAACAAUCGAAUUUAGCAAAAGGUCAAAUUUAA